AUGGUGCUGUUGCAGUUCCUGGUCGACGCUCCGGCGAUAACCUUCAAAUCGCGCUCGACUAUACUGAAAGAUUCUGCUGAUGCCAAGAAAGUAGUGGACAUCAAUGAGAAGGUCAAGAUCUUCAUUGAGAAACUGGAAAGGCAACACAAAACGAAGGUUGUGUGGUGGGACCUGUAUGGCAAGUCGGGAAGGCCCCUUAGCACAGCAGGAGACAACCAAAAGUACCAGGUGUGGGCCAAGGCUGAUCCAAUGCAUUACGGAGAGCGGUUGAACAGCAGCAAGAAACAAACCUCCGUAUACAUGAACAGGUUCCACAAUGGGCAGUAUUUGCAUGAUCAGAAAGUCACCUUAGAGGUAAAAAGGAGGCGCACGAAGUACGCCUCCUUUCAUUCAACAAAAUCCAUCCACAUCGGUGUCAACGUUAGGACGUCGCUUUCUCUGUCUGGAAUCUUCGAAUUCAGGGCUGGCGUCGACUUCAGCUACGACCUAACGACUGGCGAAAGUCACAUGGAAAAGGAAGAAGUGGAGUUUACAAUAAAAAAAGAGAUAACCAUCCCUCGUCGCACUACAGUUGAAGUAGAAUGGAUAACCACUGAACAUUAUCAGUGCUAUCCGUGGAAAUCGGACGUUCUAAUAGACGGGUGGUUCGUAAUCUGGUUCGAGAAACGAGUGCACAACCACCAUCUCUGGUUCCACCCCAUCGAUGUGAUCAAGGACCAUGACUUCGAACUGCACGAACCGUCAGGCUUGGCGUACACCGCCGAAGGAAUCGCAGAGGGCAUCACUCUGAUCACGAACGAAUUGCAAGUUCGAGAGUACCCUCUCGAGGCGAGAAGCUCGGCGUCAGUGAACAUCACUACAGAGCCGCUGACAGGGAAUGAAAUUGAGGUCAGGGUAGUCAACAGGACGUCGCAUGUGCAGCGCUAAAACUUCGCUCUGAUGCGAACCAACAUCCGCGUCGGCGACAUGUGCUCCAUAACUUUACGAGAAGAGUAAUCGAUCGAGGGACGACUUUUGUUAGUCACAGCCAUACGAAGCCGGUGCAGUAUUGCAGUAUAAAAAGAAACGAAAGUGAACGAAGAGAACAGUUUGCCGCCG